UCGGGGACGACUCUGAGAAAGUCCGGACAGAGGGGAGGUUACAACAACACGGCGCGCGGCCACGGCGCGGAUGGGGAAGCGGUGGGCGGUGCCCAGUGCCCACCACGGGCCGCACGACGCGGCGCCGCACGGUGCGGUGCCCUUCCUUGCCCGUGCCCGUGCCAUUAACCCCGCCACGCGACGAGACGGGACAAGGCAAAACCACCGCCACGCCCACACGCGGCUGCCGCGGCAGCCGGUCGUUCCUUUCACCGCGCGGCCCACCCCACGCCAACGCCAGCGGCCCACCUCCACCGCACCGCACCGCGCCUCCAUAUAUGACCGCUUCCCCCACCACCACCACCUCCUCCUCCUCCGUUCCCCUUUCUUCACCCACAACCAAACCCUAGCCGCCGCCGCCGUAGACCACCCUCAUGUCGUCGUCCUCGUCGCCCAAGCCUGACGCCGUCUCCUCCCCGGAGCUGCCCCCGCUGGCCGCGCCCAACAUCGCGGCGGCGGCGGCCGCCGCCGCGGCGGCGGCCUCCUCGUCCGGCGGCAUGGGGCUCUCCGGGUCCGCCGUCGGGGUCGGGUCCGGCCGCCGCCUGCCCCCUCCCUGCUGGACGCACGAGGAGACCCUGGCGCUCAUCGAGGCCUACCGCGACAAGUGGGAGGCGCUGCGGAAGGGGAACCUGCGGGCCGCCGACUGGGACGAGGUCGCCGGCGCCGUGACCGCCCGCUGCGGCCACUUCCCCACGGCCACAUACAAGUCCGGCGUGCAGUGCCGCCACAAGAUCGAGAAGCUCCGCAAGCGGUACCGCGCCGAGCGGUCCCGUUCCGCGGGGAGGUCCAAGGGGCCCAAGUGGCCCUUCUUCCCGCUCCUCCACGACCUCGCUGGCGGGGGCGCGCCCGAUCCCAGCCCCAACCCCAUCAUCAAGAUCAAGCCCAGGGCCGGCGGCGGCACCCCCGCGUCUCCUUCUUCACCCAUGUCCUCGCCCUCGUCCGAGGAGGCUGGCCGGAGCAGGAGCCUGCACGGCCUCAUCUCCAACGGCGGAGGCGGGAGCGGCCUGCGGUUUACGAUCCCCAAGGGGUCGCGCACGAAGCCGGUGGGUGCGCCACGUGAGGCCAGGGCAGACAGGGGCGAUGAGGACCCUGAGGCGGAGGCCAUGGCGGAGGUGGCGUCGGCACUGAGGGCCGUUGGGGAAGGAUUUCUGAGGAUGGAGGAACGCAGGCUGGAGAUGUCGCUACAGAUGGAGAAGGAGAGGAUGGAUUCAGAGAUGAAGCGCACCCAGACGCUGCUCGACGCACAGCAGCUCUUCGUCGAGGCCUUCCUCGGCAAGCAGCAGCAGCCGCACCACAAGAAGUCCAAGCUGGCCGCCUUUGCUACGGCUGCUGCCAUGGAGGAAGAUUGAUGUGUGCCUAGAGCUCCGGUGCUCAUCUCAACUAUGUGUUGAACUGUUGAUGUUUAGUUGUCUACUGCUGGCUUGUAUGUUUAUUAAUUAACUGCAACUCCUGUUAGUCAGUUGAUGACUUGUGAUGUUUUUACUCUUCUUGUGGUUUGGAUCAUUAAUUUAAGGACAAAGAAUGUAGGUGUGUAGGAUAUGGCUGUGGGAGGAUUAGGAGUGUUAAGUUGUAAUCAGUGAGUGUUCCUGUUGUGUUUGAGUUGAUGUUUAUGGUGGGAAAAGAAAUGCAGCUUAGCUUGUUCAAAAUACCAUCAUCUAGUCAUGGUUUCUUCUA